CAGUGCAUUGUGUUGCGUGUUGCUUUGUCUGACUCUGCUCUUGGUGACAUGGCUGUUCGUCUCAGACUUCUUCUCAUCCUCACCGGACUCACAGGAAUUCAAGGCAUAACUACAGUCAGUGAAGUGUCAGUAAAGGCUGGAGGCUCAAUCUCGAUCCCAUGUCUCUAUGGCUCACAGUACAGAAACCAUGUGAAAUACUUGUGUAAAGGAUAUUAUUUUCGCCACUGCUCAUAUGUAAUUAAAACAAACCAACAAAGUUCAGGAAGGUUUUUGAUCUCUGAUGACAAAAACCAAAGAAUCUUCAAUGUGACUAUGAAUGAUUUGAGGAAUGCAGACACUGAUUAUUACUGGUGUGCUGUGGAGAUUAAUGGAGGGCCAGAUGUUGAAAAGUAUUUUCACUUGUCAGUCACCAGAGAUUUGCCCAGACUAUAUGUGGACCAUCAGGAGAUCACAGGAUUUCAUGGAGAAAAAAUAACCAUCAAUUGUUCCCAUCGUAACUCUGGAGAAAUGAAGUGGUGCAGGCUGGGCGGCUCCUGUCGGAGCUCAUCGGGAUCAUUAGAUGGAACAAGCGUGACCAUCAAUGUGAGACCCGGUGUUGUUACUGUGACGAUGAGCGAACUGACAACAGACAGCAGCGGCUGGUAUUUGUGUGUCCAAGGAGACUUACAGAUGCCAGUGCACCUCACUGUUACUGAGAAACCUACCACGACCACACUUGCAACAACAGCACUUUUAACCACCACUGCUGAGCUUGUGACUGUCACCACUGGUUUUAACACACCAACGACAGUUCAAGCGGAACUGCAAAGUGCUUCAAUUGACCUAAAGACCCUCAUUAUCCCUUUGAGCUUGAUGAUCGUCGUUGUCAUGGUAACCUUGUCCAUCUGGUUCAUGCUGAAAAAGCUCAAGAAAACCAAAGAAGCACCAUCAGCCAUGACAACGGCUGAAGAGGAAAUAACUUACUCUAGUAUUGACCACAUGAAAAAAACUUCAAGACAGCCACGACAUGCUGAGACCGAUGUGGACGUAAUGUAUAGCUCUGUGGUUACCAUGAGGCAGAAAAGGGUACGAAAGCAGGUUGAAGCAAAGGAUGAGAAUGUCAUAUACAGCACAUUGGUUUAGCACGAGCACAGCUCAGCACCUCACCUCUGCUUGUCUGUGUGUCUUUGAAUCUAUUUGGUUACAGUUGGAUGACUGUUGUUUUUUUUUUAAGGAGUGUCACAAUUUGCUGUCUGUGGCGUUAUCAUUUGAGUGUGCAGUAACUCCUCUCUACUUUCGCGUCUUCUGCAUUUCAAAGUAGCCCUGCCUUGUGUGUUUAAGUGUCGACAAUACCAUUGACAACACAAAUCUUGGGCUGUGAACUGUUGUAUUAUUUAUUGUACUAGAGCAAAAUAUUUUAACAUAACUGCCAUCUCUGAAAACAAGUGUUUGGUUUUAAUAUGCAUAAAUGCCCAUCCAAACAUAAAGAGCUUUGUUUAGCAAAACAUCUGCUUUAAUUGUUUCAUAUUUGCUUACAGAAUAAUAUUUUGUAUUUCAUAUGAUCAGACUGAUCACAUGAAGACCAUUUAACCACCAGUGUGUACCUAAAAGAACAUAAUAAUAAUUAUAAUAAUAAUAAACUUCCAAGCCAGUGUUAGACCUCACCUUAGAUUAGCUGUUUGAUAGUGUUUCCUGGAUGUAGCACUGUGCACAGAUGAGUCGCUGUAUGUUGGAGACGACCUCCGUAAUCAACUGUUGCAGUGUCUUAGCAGUCGCUAAAACUUCUAGUGAGCUAUUACUGUUAGCUACUCCCAAACCUCAUCAGAGUUUUUGUCACUCAGUCUUCUUACAAAUGGUUGAUUUGGCUGCACAGCUACAAGAGUAUCCUGCAGCUAAUGAAAUUAGCAUACCGUGGCUAAUCUUGCAUAUAAGUACUGUCCUUUCAUGAAAAGGGCGCAGGAGCAGGAAUGGUCCGAGUUCAGUAAACAUUUAAGGUGCAAUGUGUAAGAAUUUUAGUUGAAAACAUUCAAAAAUUAACUAAAAUAAUUAGCAGAAUGUCAAAAUGUAAAAGUUCAGAUGUAUGGCAUAGACAUCUAGGUAGUGCGCUGCAGACAUAUCAACUGAAGUUAGCAUGCUAACCAGCUAGCCUUGGCCCGUCCUGUCUUUGCACCUGAAGAAGCCAUAGUCAGUCGCUGUAGUGCCCAGUCUGCCGUCAGUCCAACAACCCAGAGGUGGUUUCCUUGUCAGGAUUGGCUCUUAGCCUGCAGGGGCUCUCUCUGGAGGUGGGUGCUGACUAAUGCCUGACCUCCCUCUCACUCCUCUCCUGCUUCAUUCCUCUCCUGUCACCUCCUGAACCCAUCGUGUCAUUGUUGUCCCCAGAGUCAGAGUCCUGGACGGAGUUGCUGUAAAUCACCUCGGUACUGUAUUCUGCGUUGUGAAACUGACCUCCAUUUCCAUCCUGAUCAACUAAUUUUUACCCCUUAUUCCCCUCCACCUGCUAGUUUUAACAAAUCUACUGUGUAUUUUGCCAGUGCUGCACGGUGGCUCGGUGGUUAGCAGCGUCGCCUCACAGCUAGAAGAUCCCCGGUUCGAUCCCGCCUGGGGUCUUUCUGUGUGGAGUUUGCAUGUUCUCCCUGUGCA